AUGCCUUCCCUCAAAGACAUCAACUGCUCUAUCGAGCUCGCUGGUUCGUAUGAGAAGCUCCACGAAUAUGGAGUUACCUACAGCGAUGGAGUCGUCGAAGCCUACAUUCCGAUCCCGACGAAUCCGAAACCCUUCACUGUACACCUCACCACAUCGGGGUAUAUCGCACCUGGUCUCGCCAUGUUUGUAUACAUAGACGGUGUCUACCAGUGCAACCGUAAUCGGCAAGGCCUCAUCAUUCCGGACGGCACUGUGUCAUUGGAUCGUACACUUGUCGACUUUCGUGUCCGCCAGAAAGAGGAGACGCGCUCAGAUGGAAGAUUCCUCGGCCGUGAGUGGAGCUUCGAAAAGCUCAAUGUUGGUAAA